UCCCUGUUUUGCCACAUUUCCUACCUUAUGAGCUUGGUUUCCUCACGCUAAUAAGAGUGGUACAGUAAAAGCUGGCAGGCUGACAGGCGGCCUCGGGGCGGACUUUCUGGCUACCGACCGUUUUGCUGUGGCUUACCCGGAUCACGUGUAGGUGUGAGAUCCAUGAGCUCCGUUGCAGUUUUGACACAAGAGAGUUUUGCCGAACACCGAAGUGGACUGGUUCCGCAGCAAAUCAAAGUGGCUACUUUAAAUUCAGAAGAGGAGAGCGACCCUCCCACCUACAAGGAUGCCUUCCCCCCACUUCCUGAGAAGGCAGCAUGCUUGGACAGUGCCCAGGAACCUGCCGGAGCCUGGAGCACCAAGAUCCGGCCCAUCAAGGCCUCCGUCAUCACUCAGGUGUUCCACGUGCCCCUGGAGGAAAGGAAGUACAAGGACAUGAACCAGUUUGGAGAAGGUGAACAAGCCAAGAUCUGCCUUGAGAUCAUGCAGAGGACUGGCGCUCACCUGGAGCUGUCUCUGGCCAAAGAUCAAGGCCUCUCCAUCAUGGUCUCAGGGAAGCUGGAUGCUGUCAUGAAAGCCCGGAAGGACAUUGUCCCUCGAUUGCAGACUCAGGCCUCAGCAACUGUUGCCAUUCCUAAAGAGCACCAUCGUUUUGUGAUCGGCAAAAAUGGAGAGAAAUUGCAAGACUUGGAGCUAAAAACCGCAACCAAAAUCCGGAUCCCACGCCCAGAUGACCCCAGCAACCAGAUCAAGAUCACUGGCACCAAAGAGGGCAUUGAGAAGGCUCGCCAUGAGGUCCUGCUCAUCUCUGCCGAGCAGGACAAGAGUGCCGUGGAGAGGCUGGAGGUGGAGAAGGCCUUCCACCCCUUCAUUGCUGGGCCCUACAAUAGACUCGUGGGUGAGAUCAUGCAGGAAACAGGGACGCGCAUCAACAUCCCCCCUCCCAGUGUCAGCCGGACAGAAAUCGUCUUCACUGGAGAGAAGGAGCAGCUGGCACAGGCUGUGGCUCGCAUCAAGAAGAUUUACGAGGAGAAGAAAAAGAAGACCACGACCAUUGCAGUGGAGGUGAAGAAGUCUCAGCACUAGUAUGUCAUCGGGCCCAAAGGCAAUCUCCUACAGUUCCUGGAGAGAACUGGGGUUUCUGUGGAGAUCCCACCCUCAGACAGCGCCUCUGAGACCGUGAUCCUGCGAGGGGAGCCCGAGAAGCUGGGCCAGGAGCUGACUGAGGUCUACGCCAAGGCCAACAGCUUCACGGUCUCCUCAGUGUCCGCCCCCUCCUGGCUUCACCGGUUCAUCAUCGGCAAGAAAGGGCAGAACCUGGCCAAGAUAACACAGCAGAUGCCCAAGGUGCACAUUGAGUUCACUGAAGGUGAGGACAGGAUCACCCUGGAAGGCCCCACCGGGGACGUGAGUGUGGCCCAGGAGCAGAUCGAAAGCAUGGUCAAGGACCUGGUCAACCGGAUGGACUAUGUGGAGAUUAGCAUUGACCACAGGUUCCACAGGCACCUCAUCGGGAAGAGCGGGGCCAACAUCAACAGAAUCAAAGACCAGUACAAGGUGUCUUUGCGCAUCCCUCCUGACAGCGAGAAGAGCAACCUAAUCCGCAUCGAGGGGGACCCUCAGGGCGUGCAGCAGGCCAAGCGGGAGCUGUUGGAGCUGGCCUCUCGCAUGGAAAACGAGCGUACCAAGGAUCUAAUCAUUGAGCAGAGAUUUCAUCGCACAAUCAUUGGGCAGAAAGGUGAACGCAUCCGUGAAAUUCGUGACAAAUUCCCAGAGGUUAUCAUCAACUUCCCAGACCCAGCACAGAAAAGCGACAUUGUCCAACUCAGAGGGCCCAAGAACGAGGUGGAAAAAUGCACCAAGUACAUGCAGAAGAUGGUGGCCGACCUGGUGGAGAAUAGCUAUUCGAUUUCUGUUCCAAUCUUCAAACAGUUUCACAAGAACAUCAUUGGGAAAGGUGGUGCAAACAUCAAGAAGAUCCGCGAGGAAAGCAACACCAAGAUCGACCUUCCCUCGGAGAACAGCAAUUCCGAGACCAUCAUCAUCACAGGCAAGAGAGCCAACUGUGAGGCUGCCCGGAGCCGGAUCCUGUCCAUCCAGAAAGACCUGGCCAAUAUCACUGAGGUGGAGGUCUCCAUCCCUGCCAAGCUGCACAACUCGCUCAUCGGCACCAAGGGCCGCCUGAUCCGCGCCAUCAUGGAGGAGUGCGGGGGCGUGCACAUCCACUUCCCUGUGGAGGGCUCCGGGAGCGACACGGUCGUCAUCAGGGGCCCCUCCUCUGACGUGGAGAAGGCCAGGAAGCAGCUCCUGCACCUGGCGGAGGAGAAGCAAACAAAGAGCUUCACCGUGGACAUCCAAGCCAAGCCAGAGUACCACAUGUUCCUCAUUGGCAAGGGGGGCGGCAAAAUCCGCAACGUGCGUGACAGCACGGGUGCCCGCAUCAUCUUCCCAGCCGCGGAGGACAAGGACCAAGACCUGAUCACUAUCAUAGGAAAGGAGGACGCUGUCCGGGAGGCACAGCGGGAGCUGGAGGCGCUGAUCCAGAACCUGGACAAAGUGGUCGAGGAUUCCAUGCUGGUGGACCCCAAGCACCACCGCCACUUCGUCAUCCGAAGAGGCCAGGUCCUGCGGGAGAUCGCAGAGGAGUAUGGUGGGGUGAUGGUCAGCUUCCCGCGCUCCGGCACACAGAGCAACAAGGUCACCCUCAAAGGUGCCAAGGACUGUGUGGAGGCAGCCAAGAAGCGCAUUCAGGAGAUCAUCGAGGACUUGGAAGCCCAGGUGACGGUGGAGUGCGCCAUCCCCCAAAGGUUCCAUCGAUCUGUCAUGGGCCCCAAAGGCUCCAGGAUCCAGCAGAUCACUCGGGAUUACAAUGUCCAGAUCAAGUUCCCAGACAGAGAGGAGAACCCAGUCCCCAGCACAGAGCCAGCUGUCCAGGAGAACGGUGAGGAGGCCGGGGAGGGCAGAGAGGCUGAGCCUGGCUCUCCACGGAGGUGCGACAUUAUCGUCAUCUCUGGCCGAAAAGAGAGGUGUGAGGCAGCCAAGGAGGCACUGGAGGCUCUGGUUCCUGUCACCAUCGAGGUGGAGGUGCCCUUUGACCUUCACCGUUACAUCAUCGGGCAGAAGGGAAGCGGGAUCCGCAAGAUGAUGGACGAGUUUGAGGUGAACAUUCACGUCCCAGCUCCUGAGCGGCAGUCUGACGUCAUCGCCAUCACCGGCCUCGCUGCUAAUCUGGACCGAGCCAAGGCCCGGCUGCUAGAGCGCGUGAAGGAGCUGCAGGCUGAGCAGGAGGACCGGGCUCUACGGAGUUUCAAGCUGAGCGUCACUGUAGACCCCAAAUACCAUCCCAAAAUCAUCGGAAGAAAGGGGGCAGUGAUCACCCAGAUCCGGCUGGAGCACGACCUGAACAUCCAGUUUCCGGACAAGGACGUUGGCAGCCAGCCCCAGGACCAAAUCACCAUCACAGGGUACGAGAAGAACACAGAAGCCGCCCGCAACGCCAUCCUGAAGAUCGUGGGUGAGCUUGAGCAGAUGGUCUCUAAAGACGUCCCUCUGGACCACUGUGUCCACGCCCGCAUCAUUGGCGCCCGAGGCAAAGCCAUCCGAAAAAUCAUGGGUGAAUUCAAGGUGGACAUCCGCUUCCCACAGACUGGAGCCCCAGACCCCAACUGUGUCACUGUGACAGGGCUCCCGGAGAACUUGGAGGAGGCCAUCGAUCACAUCCUCAACCUGGAGGAGGAAUACCUGGCCGACGUGGUGGACAGUGAGGCUCUGCAGGGCUACCUUAAGCCCCCCGUGCACGAGGAGUCCAAGGCCCCCUCCAAAGGCUUUGUGGUGCGGGAUGCGCCCUGGACUGCCAGCAGCAGUGAGAAGGCUCCUGAUAUGAGCAGCUCUGAGGAGUUUCCCAGCUUUGGGGCUCAGGUGGCCCCCAAGACCCUCCCUUGGGGCCCCAAACGAUAAUGAUCAAAAAGCAGCACCCUCUCCAGCUGCUGAGCAAACCCGCCACACAGUUUGUCUCGGUCUGACCCAGCGGCUGGGCCCCAAUUGCUGACGCUCCCCCUCCCGAGGUCUCGCAGUGAAGCCUGACGGCCGGCCCUGUCACCACCUCCCCAGGCCUGGUCGUCACCCAGCGGGCUCAGGGGCUGCCCCUGGGUGGUGCCCCAGGACAGGUGCCACCAUGUUGAACACUAAGCAGAGGUCAUUGCGCAUUUGUGGUAAGACUCCAGCUUCCUGGUCACCCAGCAUGCGGUCAGCACUGACCUUCACCAGAGCUCCACAGCAGCGGCUCGGAGUCGACUUCCUGUGUCAUGACCUCAGGAAAUAAAUUUCCUUGACUUUAUAAAAAAAAAAA